UACAAGUGCACGGAGAACAGAAAUAAAAAUAUUAAAAAGAUGGAGUCCUGGUUUUCUUUGUGUCUGUUGCUCUCUGUCAGUUGUGGAGUGGUCAAGUGUUUAGGAAUCGAGCAAUUCUGGACAGACGAUUACAAGACGUUUGAGAACGUUUACGGGAAGACAUCAGACAAGGAAAUAUACGGCGCAACUUUACCGCCUGCCGUCAAACAAGGCGUCAAACGUGAGGCCUCCGAGAAGAAGGAACAUCACCAGCUUAAGUACGACAGAGACGCAUUCGACAUCCACACCGCAGACACAAAUACGGAAUCAAAAAAACCAGCCAUUUCAACGCAGAGCUUCAUAAAAUACACAGAUUUUAUACCAAUAGCCCAUACUACAGAUCCGGAAAACUAUGGUUAUUUAAAGCAAUUAGAAAAUUAUGAGAAAGAUAACUCAAAAUUUAGUGCACCCUUUCUUACUGCGAGUUUCAAAUCAUACCCUUCGAACACUUACAAAAGCAUCAGAGAUAUUAUUGAAUCGGAUCAACAUAAAAACACUUUAGACAGUGUUACAGUUAGUGAGAAUAAACUUAAAAACAGACCGAUCAGGUUUAGGAAUGAUUCGCUGAAAUCGAAAUGCGUUUCUGGAAGGUGCAAUAAAUUAUCUUCAAUCAGAGGAACGAAGCCUUACGUCGCUAGAAUAAAACAUAGGAUCGUUAAGUAUUAAUAUUUUGAUUGCAACGGAUAUGUACAGA